AUGUCGUCGGCGGCGGCGGCCGCCUCCGCCAGGGCAGCCUUCCUCCUCUCCCGUUUCCGCGACCUCUCUCUCAAGUGCUACCCUUCUGCCCCCUCGCCAUCUUCCUCUAGACAGCUCUUCGGGAUCUCCCGCAGAGAUUCGGGGGGUCUCCAAGAGCGACGCCAGUCCUCUCCCUCUGUGUCCCGCUGCCUCGCUUCCGGUGUCGACGGCGGCGGUGGUUUAGCUGACGAUCUCGUGUCUACGGCUAGAGAGCAGCGGCGCCGUCGCAGAGAGUACUCGGCACUGGCCAACGUCCUCUGCCGUGUUGAGCCUCUCGAUGUGUCCGUGAUAGGGGAGGGCAUCUCAGCGGCCGCCAAGGAGGCCAUGAAGAGGACCAUCUCUAGCAUGCUCGGCCUCCUCCCAUCUGAUCAGUUCCACGUCGCAAUCAGGGUCUCCAAUCAGCCUCUGGACCGCCUCCUGGUUUCUUCUGUUAUAACUGGGUGAGUGAAUUUUUACGGAUCUUCAUCUCUUAUUAAUUCCUGUUCUUUAAUCGCACCAGCCCAAAUGUAUGGUCUGAUUUGUUACUCGGUUGAAAUAUUUGUCUAGGUACACCCUCUGGAAUGCGGAGUAUCGGCUUUCGCUAGGGAGGAAUUUCAAGAAGUAUCCAGUUAUUCCAGAACCAUCCUUGGAACAGGAAGGCAGUUGUCAGCCUAAUGUCGAAGAGGGGCUUUAUGGGGAUCGGUUCGAGGAGAAACUGAUAACUCCUGAGACCUUGGAGGUUCCUUCCCCAGCUGCUUUGAGUUAUAUACAGAAGCUGGAAGCAGAAUUGGCUGCUAGUGAGAAGGUACUUUAUAGACAAAUACUGGUUAAUUUUUUAUGGGUUCUUUUCGUCGCACUAGUCACUACCACUUUUAUAGGGAACAUGAAGAUGUAAAAAUGAAAAAUAUUCGAACAUUUACUUGCGAUUGAGGCUUAUCCUAGAAAUUGAAUUCCAUUCGACUGUAGCUAUGCCAUUCUCUUUUGUGCAAAGUUGAUGUCUUCUGUCAGCCUGUUCAAAGGCCACGAUGGUAUUUUCUGGUUAUUCUUUGGUGAAAGUUGUAUUCAGAUACCACUCUCAUUGUAAUAUUUGAAUUUGCUUAAAUUUAUGUGAAUAAAAAUGUAGCUAUAGAUAGAUUUUGCAAGUAUUCAGCUGGCAAAACCUGUGGGCUUGAUCCCAACAGUCUCAUGUUUAAAGGCACCUGGUUAUAUAACUUACUACAUCCUAAAGAGCUUUUGGACAUUACUAUCUGCUGUGGACUUCACCCAUGUGAUGUUUUAGCCUAAAUGGGGUUGACAGUUGAAUGGUUGUCUUUAAGGAACUGUGUCUAUUGACAUGCCUUUAUUUCGUAGGGAUAGCCAAUACCUCCUGGGAAGCUGUGAGGAGUUUUUCUUGGAUUCCUGAUAGGAAGGAAAUGGGCGAUACUUUAUUGGUUUCCUAAUGCUGGGAAGCUUGGAGAGGCAUUUGAAUUCAUUAUUUGGAUUCAUCCUGUUGGCGGCAGUCAAUCGCUGCAUGAGAGAAGCUCACCUAAUGGAUUAAUCACGUACUAAUAAUACUCUAGGAAGCACGCUAAUUUCGCCUUUUUAUGUGAGGUUUAGUUACUGUUUGGAAUGCUCAUAAGGUUGUUUGUUUUGAUGAUUUUCUGUAAACAAUUUGAGAUUUCCUUAAAUUUUCAUUAAAUCAUGAUUUUUUAUAAUUUUCAUAUGAUUAAAAGUUCCUUUGUUUACUUUCGUUUACUUGCCUCUCUGUGUAAGCUCUGUAAUUUUUUGUGCGACCACCAUUGUAGUUCAGUAUCAAGAUCAGUUUCUUUUGGUAGGUUAUUUUAUUCCUUGCUCAUUUUUAGUUAGAGAUCACUGCCUGCAUUUGUUCUUUUACUGCGGAAUCUUGUCACUGGCUGUUUUAGAGCUAAAUUUCAUCUUAUGUGGUAUUUCUAUUGGCCGGAUGUUUCAGUCAUAGAUGAUUUUAUGUGUGAAGCUAUUAUCCAUAUUUGGGCAAUCUUCCAGAUUUCUUUCUUGUGGAACUAUUUUAUUGAUGCUGCUUUGGGCUAACAUUAAAGAAGUGAUGCAAAUGGAUAAACAAGGAUCAGAUAAAUCUUGGUUCAUUUUUUGAUGGAUAAACAGUGAUCUUCCUCUUCUAGAAACCUCUCAAAACAACAUCCCUCUCCUAGUUGCAGACAUUCCUUGGAGUUCUGCACUUCCCUCUCCCUUAUCUGGAGCGUAGGCCAUCUUUAAUGAGAGCUGUUGUUGGUGGAUCAUUGACCAUUGAUCCGUUGUUUCUUUUUGGGUCCAGUGGUUGCAUCAAUCUGAUGGGAGCCACAAUUGGACAGCUGGGUUAUUAGUUCUGCUUGAAUAUGCCUUCCAACAUACUUAUCAUCAGUCAAUGAACCCUAAAAAUCACAUGUGUCGCUUGAGAGGCCACUAGUAAAUAGGGCCUUAAGGUCCUUGAUAGAUGAACCCUUCCCUGAAGGACACUUGGGGGCCCUUAUUGGUCUUGGGGUUACUAUGUCUUCUAAUGUUUUCAGUAGCUGAUCUCUUAAAGUUGCUGCCAGAGGUUUGUCGCACUGCCACACAGUGGUUCCUUCAGAAGGGUCAUCAUUGCCUCUCUGGCCAAUGUAGGGUCCAGCAACCCUCUAUCCUUUCAGACUCAUGUGGAGGGAAAGGAGAUGGACUGUUCCAGAAGAAGUUCAACCAUGCGCUGGAUAUCAUUAAUAAUAAAUAGUAAUUGGAGAUGGUCUUCAAUUAAGCCUGCUGGUGGAAAUUAAGGAUAGAAGUGACAUUCCCUUUUAAACUAUUUAUCCUGCUUUUAUGACGUUUUCUUAUAUUUUUCCUUUCCAUAUUUUCCUACUUCGGAUUUUACGUUUUGGUUGCUGUUUUUAAAUUGACAGAUCGAGAUUUCCUCUGAUGGCUCCUCAUAUCACUGUGGUGGCAUCAAUGACCUCCUUAAGGACCUAUCAAUGGCCUCCAAGUAUUGUUAGUGGAUGGCCUCUUUUAGUUGGCAGUCAUUCUUUGGGCUGCUAAUAGCCAUAGAAUGGGCUACGAUUUGGUACAAAUUUAGAUGUGGAGAGCUAGUUGAAGAGCGCCAUGCUAAAUUUAAGCUUUCAAAGCCUACCAUUUGUUCUAAAUGAAAUGAACAUUGUGAUAAUUGAGGAGGAUCCUUAUUACAACAAAAUUGAGAACAAUUUCAAUGAGAUAAUUGAAAUUUCAACAAUGAGGACGAUGAAUUUCAUUUUUUUUUUCUCCCAUUUGGACCCUUUGAAAAUACGAAAAAUUAGGACCUACAGUCUGCUGCCCUUUGCUACGUCCAAGCCAGAGCUCUGCCAAACAUGAACUUAACAUUCAGGAGAAAAAAAUCAUCUAGUUGAAAAUAAGCAAAUGAAGAUUAAGAUGGGGAAAAAAAUUCUCUGCCAGUACAGUAAAGAGAUGAGAAACAUAAUUCGAUUCCCAGUCUGUAUAAUUAUGUGUCAACCUUUUGUGGGGAAGAAGAGUCAUUAAGAUAGCAGUUUUCAAAUAACGACUGGCUAGAUGUAUUUUAUUGAAUUUCACCAAAUGGUAGAAGUUGACAUGAUCUAUUAAGUUGUGUCCUAAUCAGUUGUGUAUUUGCUGAGAAACUGUUUAUCUGAUAGACUACUUUUUGUAGCUUCGGAAUUUACCUUGCUGGUCUACCAUCAAACACCCCAGUCCUCUUAUCAGUGACCAUUUUCUCUCUUCUUUAACUUUUCCUAAAAGUCUGAGGACUCUUCCACUCCUAGUAACCUUCCAUUACUCAACUCUGUCACCUGAUUUUCAUUCCCUCCUCAAUCUGGUCUCUUUGGCCACUGAACAGUUUGUCUAUGAUUUAUUCUUUCUUCUUAAUGUCUUUAUGAGUGAAUUGAUUAGCAUUUUUUGCAUCUAUGAUACAUCUCUGGGUAGAGCUACAUCAGAAUACCAACCUUGGUAUUGUCUUUAUCUGGAACUCUUGGAUUUUCCUCUUUCCUUAUUUUUCUGUGUACAUCACCAGGAACUAGAUGCCCAGCUUCUGGAGAAAAAAUGCAUGGAGUACAAUAGAAAGGACGACAGUGAUUUAUUGGAGUACUUGAGAUCACUGGAACCUGCGAUGGUAAUCUUUGUGGAUCAUUGGCCAUUUUUUCCAUUAUUUUAUUCUUAUAUAUUGAGCAUUUUAUUUGUUGUGCCAUCUGACCUCGUUUUAAACGAUGUUACCCUUGACAGGUGACGGAAUUGUCUCAACCAUCUUCUCCAGAGGUGGAAGAAAUCAUCCAGCAACUCGUUCAGAGUAUACAUCUGAAAUGUUUUGGGGAUAUUGCAGACUUAUCAAGGAAUUCAGAUAAAGGAAAAGCUAGCAUUCUCAAAAAAUUUCCCCAAAGUAGCAGUGAUGAACAGUGUGUAACAUUGGAUACCACACGGGAUUUCCUAGCUAAAUUACUUUUCUGGUGAGUCAGCAUGUUCUUUGUGUCUUUUUACUGUCAUAUCCAUGUCACUUGUUGAAAUUUGAGCAGCUUUUGCUGUGUUUUCGCUGCAAUAUUAUGGUUACUUAUUGAAGUUCGAGCAUUUUAUGCUGUGUUUUCACUGUAAUAUUAUUAUACUUGCUGAAACCUGCCAGUCAUGUGAUAUUGCUGUUAUUCGAUUUAAUGAAGUGAACAUAAAUUCUUAUCCAUGGGAACGAAGGAAUAUGUUUGAUAAUAGAAAAUUGUAAGUCUAAGAUUGUUUAGUUGGGUUCCUGAUUCUAGUUUUGUAGAUAUGACGCAUGGGAUGGAACCUAAUUCAAUGUCUGGCGUGUGUUUCUCAAUACAUUAUUAAGGUCCAUUACAUGAAUAGACAGAAUCCUUGAUCCUGUUCUGUGUCAGUUCUUCAAGGUCGCUUUCUCUUAUGCCAACAAUAAAUCUCAAUUUUAAUUCUAUAAUAAAAAAUCCUUUUCUAGUUUUCAACAUGAAAGAGCUGUGCACUGCCAAAAGUUUAUACUUUCUAAGAAGGGAACGCUGUUCCUGAUGUCAAUUGAAUAGUUUUUUAGUCUGUUUAAAAGGUAGAGGAUACAUAAAAUUCCUGUGUUGAACCAUGGGCAUGUAUCAUGGUAACCUGAUAGGUCGUGAAGAUAUUAUCCUUCAUAGAUGUGGCUGUUAGAGAGCAUAGAAGAGACAUCUUGUUGUUCUUUUGCCUUUUGGUCAAGUUUUUCAUUCCUUCUGACAGGCUUGGAAAUAGCUUUUGUUGCUUCCUUAAUAAAUAAUAUACUUUGUUUACUUCACUAUUUUGUUGGGGUAUGCACCUUUAAAACUGUUUUUGUUUUUAUUUUUCAGUGCAAUUAUUUGCAAUGUACCACGCAUUUAUCAGUUAUCAAAGUCUAUUUUUUUAUACACUCGCAGUUUCCCGAAUUUUAUUGUAUUAUUUAGUUAUCUGAAACAGAAGGAGCAAGAAGGCUGAAUGGAUUCAUAGAUUACAAUAUAAAUCCUAUGUGAAAAAAUGGAUACCUGUUCUGAGUUUCUAGACGUUUGCCUCGGUUCUAUAUUAAAACACUGAAACAUAGUUGAACAAUAACGAGUGGGCAUUUGGUUUAUUUGUCAUGUAGAGUUUGCCACAAGAAGCUGGUUCGCAUAUUUGUCUUUUUCACUGCACAUUAUGACCCGGGGCUUGAGGACAACAUUCAUAGGCUGGUUUGAUGCAUGCAGUUUGACAGGUUCCUCUGGGGUGCCAUGUGGUUGGCACGGUUCUUUGUUCUGUUGUCGAAAAGAGAAAACCCUAAAGAAUCUUAGGUGAUUGGUUUUUUAUAAGAUUCUCAUUCAAAAAAGGGUGGGAUAAAAUCCCUCCAUUUGAUAAAGACAAUCAAAAUUUAUAGGCUUUUCGUGCUCUAAAAUGUAUCCCCCUCUCACUCAGCCUACUCUGUCUGUGGGCGAUGAUGGCAGACAUAAUAUUCUACCAACUUCCGCCCCCCUCUUUUUUAUUUGGCCAGGAAAGCAUGAGAUGGUUGACAAUGCCUUCUGGAUCCUUCCGUGCCAUUUUCUCUCUUUUGAAAUCUUAUUUCUCCUCCUAGGGUUCUGCCCUUUCUCCCCCCUUUCUUGUGACCCUUUUGAAGGGCUACUUUGUUCUGGCGAUCUUAAAGCCAUAACCGCCCAUCACGAUGACCCUGGUGAGCAGGAGUGCCAUGAUGACGUGAUGAUCCUAGAGAUUGUUGACCAGACUUUUCCUGCAUAUAUGUUGGCUAAGUAGCAAAACUCCAUCUUGAGUGACUGCAAACAUAGUCUAAUGUGUCAAUUUCUCUGUUGUCCCCCACCCCCAUUCAAUCUCUCAUAGAUCCAAUCUUUCUUAUAACUUUUUAGGUUCUUGUGGGCUCACUGGAUUGUUUGGAUCCACAAUGACUAUCUGGAUAGUAUCUGUCUAUCUGUCCUUCCCGGUUGGGCAUGCCAGCGGGCCCAAUUCACAUUUCUCGCCCCAAGCAUAUGCCUCUAUUCAAGUUCUGCAUCCUCUUUGACAGCAGUGGGGUCAUCAUCCAUUCGACUCACAGGGGCUUUCGUCUGUCAAUAGGCGGAUGUGUUUCUACGUACAUAAACACAGCUUUAAUUUCGCGACUAAUGGUGCCGUAAUUAAAACCUUCCUUUUCGAUUUUGAUUUAUUAUUAAAACACGACCCAGUACGUGCACGGAGACAAGGCAAUAAGCAAGGCUGUUUCACGCGAGAGGAGAUUGUCAUAUGUUGAUCAAGUAGGGAGAAAUUCGACAGAAAAGAUGAAGUCUGAGAGAGAAUAGGAGUGACUGGUGUAGGAGAACUUCGGGAUGUAAAACUGAAUGAAUUGAGCUAUUCCAUAUAUACUUUUUCCUUAGACUUUCGUUGCAUCUCUACAUAAUGUCAGUGGAGGACGAAAAUGCGCAAUCAGAUAUAGUAUAACGACUACUUUCAGAAAUUCUUAGGCUUUAGUCCUCUUCCAUAAAUGUCAUUCUUGGUUUCGUUAUACAGUCAGAGGGAGUACAUGCAACUCCAACAACAAAGUCACUCAAAGGGCGUCUGGCCUGCCUGUGGAAAUGUUCUCUGAUGUUUUCUUAAACACUCUGGAAAACAACUGACCAUUACUAAAACGUCAAUUUGAGGUGUCAAGAAAGUGACUCCUGUGAUCAAAUUCACAGCAAGAACAACUAAACGGCAGUUGCAAACUAAGUGGAUGCUUAAGAAGACAGUAUAGAAUCCUUCCAAGUUUCCAACAGUUAAGAACACCGCAUUGCCACAGAAGGACCUUUUCUUCAAAUAACCUUCCUCCUUUUGCACCAUUGGCUCGGUAAAAUUUGGGCAUAUUUUUAAUACAAAGAUGACCAUGAGAUGUCCUAUGAUCAAUUGGUGCAUAAAAGCAUGGUGUCCGAGUUUUCCUUUUUCAUAUCCCCUACAUACUAGGCUUCUCAGUUUGAUUACAACUGUAAAGGAUGAUCUAAUUGACCCUCAAAAUAUAUUGCUUGUUUGAAGUUUGUUUUACGUAAAUGCAAUAGUCAAUGGUUGGAACAAUCGCUUAAGUUGUUGCGUUUUUGUUCUUCCUGUUCCCUCUGAUUGGCAGGUGCAUGCUGCUGGGUCAUCACAUGAGAGGGUUGGAGUACAGGCUGCUUCUGAGUUUUGCUGUCGGACUGCUGUGA